CGCAACGAGACAAAUGCGGGUAAUCGUCUCCAAGAAUGCCUUCCGUCUUCUGGUCGCCGGCACCGUGUCGAAAAGUGCCCCAGCGCAGUCUUGUCAAGCACUCUUCCUCCUAAACUCUCCAGCAUGAUGUCUCUACCGCUCCUCGAGAUCUCCCAUAGCCCCCGAACCCGAAGCCACUGCGAGGUUGCUUCACACUUGCCACACUCCCUUUUGAUUCACUAGCCCUCAGUCUGAGGUGAUCUCGUCUUCGAAUCCUUCCAAUUUCAACAACACCUUUCGUCGCGUGCUACGGCGUGUAAAACACCCGAACCACUCUAACGCCGUAUGGGAUGAUUGCCUAGAUGUUAGACUACAUAAAGAUUUUGCUGAGAAAGUCGGGACUGAUCGGGCGCGCAUGGCACAUCUGAGUUUCAGAGAUAUUGGAUCAAGAGUGCGGAGCUGACUAUGUGCCAGAUCAGCUGAACACUGCGUCCAAAAUGUGUGGCAUUAUCGCUUUGAUCCUCGCCAACUCCUCGUCCACCUCUGUCACGAUCGACCUACACGAAGCCCUCUACCUCCUCCAACAUCGUGGUCAAGAUGCUUGCGGUAUCGCUACGUGUGCAGCAGGGGGAAGAAUAUACCAGUGCAAGGGAAAUGGCAUGGCAGCAAAAGUUUUCCAUGACGGCGCCAGAAUCGUUGACCUGCCGGGCUUCAUGGGCGUGGGUCAUUUGAGAUAUCCAACGGCCGGGAGUAGCGCAAACGCCGAGGCCCAGCCCUUCUACGUCAACAGCCCGUACGGUAUUUGUUUGGCGCACAAUGGCAACUUGAUCAAUGCUCCAGAGUUGAAAAGGCAUCUGGACAUCGAGGCUCACAGACACAUCAAUACAGACAGUGACAGUGAGUUGAUGCUGAACAUUUUUGCCAACGAAUUGAAUGAGACUGGCAAGGCUCGUGUGAACGAUGACGAUGUCUUUGCGGCUCUCAGCAGGAUGUACGAUAAAUGUAAGGGUGGCUGGGCAUGUACGGCUAUGAUCGCAGGUUAUGGAUUGAUUGGCUUCCGAGAUGCUUUUGGCAUUCGGCCCUUGGUGUUAGGAUCGAGAGAUUCCGUGGACGGUUCUGGCAAGGACUACAUGAUGGCUUCAGAGUCUGUUGCUCUGGCUCAACUGGGAUUUGAUAUUAUUCGUGACAUCCUGCCUGGCGAGGCCGUCAUCCUCCAGAAGGGCCACGAGCCUCAUUUCCGGCAAGUUCAGCAGCGCAAGGGAUAUGCGCCCGACAUUUUCGAAUACGUCUACUUUGCGCGCCCUGACUCGGUCAUGGAUGGGAUCAGCGUACACCGCAGUCGACAACAUAUGGGUGCCCGACUUGCCGAAGAGGUCAAGAGAGUGCUUAGUCCUCAAGAGCUAGCCGACAUCGAUGUGGUCAUUCCCAUACCCGAGACCUCGGUGACUUCGGCCUCAGUGGUGGCCAAAAUGUUGGACAAAGAAUAUUGUCAAGGAUUUGUCAAGAACAGAUAUGUUUUCCGCACCUUUAUCAUGCCAGGACAGAAGGCCAGGCAAAAGGGUGUAAGACGGAAACUGAAUGCGAUGGCAAUGGAGUUCAGGGAUCGAAAUGUCCUUUUAGUGGACGACAGUAUUGUCAGAGGUACGACAAGUCGGGAGAUUGUGACCAUGGCACGAGAGGCUGGUGCCAAGAAGGUUCAUUUUGCCAGCUGUGCUCCUCCUAUCACUCAUGCCCACAUCUACGGAAUUGAUUUGGCAUCGCCUCUGGAGUUGGUCGCACACAACCAUCACGGGGCAGAGGCGAUUGCCAAGCACAUCGGGGCAGAUAGUGUCAUCUACCAAACAUUGGACGAUCUGAAAGCCGCAUGUAUUGACGCAGCUCGAGAAGCCAACAGCCGCGAUGCACCUACCGAUUUCGAGGUGGGCGUCUUCUGCGGGUCUUACAUCACUCCAGUUGACGAAGGAUAUUUCGAGCAUCUGGAAAGAGUUCGAGGGCAGACUCGGAAAUCAAAGGUUAUGGACGAAGCCCGACGAGCUGUCGCCCAAGGUGUCGCCGGAGAAGACCAGAUCACCAUGGCUACCAAUGGAGCUGUUGUCACAGAACAAGGCAAUGUGGUGCCAGCAGCGAAUGGUGAUUCUCGCAAGUCACCCAUCCAAGUCAACGGGUUCGAUGCCUCAAGUCACGAGCCACACCAGGACGAGAGUCCAACUGUUCGUGAUCGAAUGGAUAUCAGCUUGCACAAUCUGGGAGAUUUUCCUCAUUGAGAUCAGCAAUUCAAAUAGUGAUGGGCGUCUGGACUUUGCAAGGCCUAUUGCAUGAUGGACCUGCAGGCGGGUGGUUUGUCUGGUUGGUCAUAUGCCUUGCAGAUUCGAAUGGUGACAAGACUACCCAAGUUUGAAAAGUAUGCAGAACAUGCAGAAUCAGCUCACUUGACCCUCCUUGCA